AUGAACCAAAAGUGCAAAGUGUGUGGUGAGCCAGCGGCUGGUUUCCACUUCGGCGCCUUUACCUGUGAAGGUUGUAAGUCAUUCUUCGGCCGAUCGUACAACAACCUGAACUCUAUCACCGAGUGCAAGAACAAUGGUGAAUGUGUCAUCAAUAAGAAAAACCGAACUGCUUGCAAAGCUUGUCGACUCCGCAAGUGCUUGAUGGUGGGCAUGUCUAAAUCGGGCUCCAGAUACGGCCGCCGAUCCAAUUGGUUCAAGAUUCAUUGUCUAUUGCAAGAGCAGCAACAGGCGGCUCAAUCAAGAUCUCCACCUAGAGUUCCGCCUUCUCCACAUCAUUUAGCCCCACCUUUCCCUCCACACCUUUUCCCGGGCUUAGCAAGACCAAGAACGAAAGAGGAAUUUGCAUUAUUAGGGCUCGAUGAAUACAAAGCGCCUUGUUCCGGUUCGCCUGACUCUCAUAGAAGUGGUUCAUCGCCUAAAUUAGACGAGAAAACGCGGAUCACACAAUCAAGGCCACCAGAUAGACCCCUAACACCACCAAGAGACACAUACGUCCCGCUUCCCUUAGCCAAUAUUACCUUGCCCCAUUUCCCCCACUCGCCUUUCUUACCCCCACCGCCUUUUAGCCCAUUUGCUGCAAGCCAUCCAUUGUUAUUCCCACCCGGGUUUCACCCUAUAUACUCAAGACAUUUGUUAGAUCAUGCAGCUUUAAGACAAGCAGCUGAAAACAACAACGAUGUGAGAAUCGACGACCACAACGCUGACUCAUCAAAACGAUUCUUUUUAGAUGAGAUUUUAAAACAACAGCGGUCUACUCAACCCACUCCGCAAGAAGAUGUCAUCUCAGAAGCAGAAUUUGUUCCUACACCACCAGCAGAAAGGAGAACCUCCGAAUCACCACUGCAAGAAAAUCCAAUGGAUUUAUCCGUAAAAUCCGACGGCAGAUCUAGUUCAGCAAGGCGGAGGUCAGAUGAUAGCGAAGUGAUAGCUCCUGAUAAUGAUGAUGGAGACUCGGCUAGUGCUAUAUGUUCUGCCAGUGAAGAAGAAGACAUGGCUUACACGCAAAUUAAAAGAAUCAAACUCCAUCCUUUAGACCUGACGACCAAAGUGUGA